AGCAAUCGGCAUCGUCAUCGAUAAUUUCGUUUGUUGUGAAAUUGCGCCGCCGUGCUGUUAGUUUGUUUAUUAUCAAUAAUUUAAUGAAAUGGCUUCAAAUAAGGAGUCCCUUAUUAUUGUGUUAGACGUACGUAGCUGCGCUUCAGAAGAUUUCAAGUUAAAAGCCGUCAAGUGUGCUGCUGAGAUUCUUAAAGACAAGAUUGUGGGGGACAAGAAGGACUACAUUUCAUUUGUACUAGUUGGCACUGAAAAGAGCUACAAUGAUUUGUUCGAAGAAGGAGAAAAGUAUUGCCAAAAUGUGGUGCAGUAUAAUAAUGAGCCACAGCUUUGCAAUUGGCAAUUGUUGCUUAGUUUUUUUGAGUUUGUCAACGAGACGUCGUCAGACUUGGGUCAGUGGCUAGAUGGACUUGCAGUAGCUUUGUCCCUACAGAAACAAGCUAGCAUUUUUAAAGUGCAAAGACAGCGAGUCUUACUUUUGUUCGACUUCAAUGACAUGGCGCAAAAUUACGAUGACUACAAACUCAUCACCACCAAUUUCCUUGCAGCAGAUGUUGAACUUAUAGUUGGUACACAUAACAUUGCCUACAUAGACAAUGCCGAGUCCAAUUUGGCUCAAGCCAUUUUCCAACAUUCACGAAAGGCUAACAGUGUUGAGCUGGAGAACCAGAAACACGCAUUGCAAUUGGUCAGCAACUGCAAUGCGACGCUGUGCAACUUUAGAGAGACAUUGGUGAACAUCUUCAAGGUAUCGAACAGACGACCAUGGACAUGGAAUGCCAAGUUGCACAUUGGCACUGAGAUUACGAUCAGUCUGCAAGGCAUCAUAGCCAUGAAGAACGAAGCACACAUCAAACUGAAGAAAGUAUGGGGUGACUCUGAGGAAAAAGUCGAGCGCGAAGAACGUUUCUUUGUAAAGGGCACAGAGAUAACACCGUUACCAGAAGAUCUCAUUGAUGGCUACAUGUUGGGUGGCACUGCAGUGCCUUAUGAUGAAACGCUUGUUGAGUUACCUCCGCCUCAUCCACCAGGACUUCAUUUUCUGGGCUUCGUGAAGCGCGAUAAAAUUCCUGAUGCUUACUUUUGCGGCGACUCACUGUAUAUGUUAGUUCAUCAAAAACAUAACACUGUCUCGGCCAAGAAGUUAGAUGCUUUGGUGCGGGCUUUGGACCUACAACAAAGCGUUAUACUUUGCUGGAAGAUAUUUAGUACAAAGUUUAACACACCACGCAUUGUGGUUUUAUUACCGCAAAAAUCUACAGACAAUCGACCAGCAACUUUAUACAUGCAGGAAAUGUCAUAUCAUGCUCAGCAUCAGUUCUGGGAUUUCCCUACAUUGCAUACGGCCAAAACUGAAUGUAGUUCGGACCAGAUCCAGGCCGUGGAUAAGUUAAUUGACAGCAUGGACCUCGAGUGUUCGUUGAAAGAUACGCAGCAACCAAGACAGCAGAGGUCGAACGAUCUGCUGCCGUUUGAUGCCUUUCCCAGCAUCUAUGAGCAAAAUGUGAUGGAUGUCUUAGAGCGCAAAAUUAUCUGCAAGGCGACCACGGACAUAGAACUUCACGAUACGUUCAAGGACAAGAAAUUUGUGGAACACUUUUGGCGCGUCCCUGAACCGCUUGAGGAAAAGUCGAAACAGGCAGCGGCAACGUUAAAAAAACUAUUUCCUCUCACUUUCAGCCAAGCCUGGCUGGACAAACUUAAGGCAAAGGAACUUGAAGAGAACACGCCGCAGCCAAUCAAGCAGGAGCAAGAUGAUCGUGGGGAAUCGAGUGACAACGUUGAGAGUGUUGGCUUAAUAACACCUGUCCAAGACUACAAUAAAAUGCUGAACCAAGUGCGCUUAAUAGCAAACACCACUCAACGUGACACACAAUUCCAAUCGCUUGCUGCUAAAAUGCGUGUGGUUAUUAUUACCCUGAUGGAGCGCAAUAAAUUGAAUUUGGAACAGCUUGGCGAAGUGUUGACAGUUUAUCGCAACAGCUGUCUGGAAUUCAACAGUUUUGCCGAAUUCAAUCAGUUUUCUGCACAAAUAAAGAAAAAGGCAUUGGAGAGAAAACCAGCAGAAUUUUGGACAACUGUGAUGGUAGAGAGACAACUCGGACCGCUGGUUUUGGGCGAGCCAACUCUUGAGGAUGAAUUGCGACUUAAAGCAUUUUAUACUAUUGAUUUCGAAGAAAAUGAUGGUGAAAUGGAGCAAGAUAAAUUAUAAUGCAUUUUGUUUAUACGUUUAACUUAUUGUUUUAUACAUUUCAUUUAUGUGCCGAGUUUAUUUUAAGGUGAGCAAAUCUAGAAUGUAAUAAUAAAAGCCUAUGGAUUUACACAUUA